UGACAGCAGAUUUAGCUCGUGCAUCAUGCCAUACUCGUUAUAGACUAUUGUAUGGAAUAAAUAUUACUGUAAAAUUUUGAAUAAUUAUUUGAUCCAGUUGAUAAAUUUUUCCUGUUUGUUUCAUGUACAGGAUGUUGAUGAUAUGAUAUGGAGUAGUAUAUCCUGUGGUAUGAUUUUUAUUCGGGUGGAAUUACGCGUUAUGCUGCUGCCUAUCAUUUAUAGCACUUUCCUUGGGAGGACUAUAACGGUUCUGUUGGAAUAAUAAUAAUAGGAUCACAUUGCUCUGAAGCGUUGUACAAUGUUCGGAUUUUAAGCGGAUGAUUAUUAUUAUUGUUUUUAUUCAUGGAGAAGGUUUCGGAAGUUGCUUUAGUUUUCCUAGGUUUCAAACUUCGCUCAGGUUUUUGCAGUUAUCCGAGACUUCGGGUGAUCGAUCUUGUGGCGGUCGACGAGGUUUUCGUCAGACUAAAAUGCGUAAAGGAGACACGAUGGCCUGGAUCGAUUUUUCGAAGGGUGCGAUCCCACGGUAUCGAAAGCUCUUAACGGAUGCGAACCAAAUGAGUUUCCAGAACACUGUCCUUGUACACAACGAUAACGAUUCGUGGUGGCUUGGGUACAUCCAAGACAUGGAAGGGGACCAUGCCUUCAUAAACUUUGACUCUACAAUUGUAGCAGCUUGCUGGGUACACAUGAGGGCCGUCUGGCCUUUCCCACUUUACUGGGACAGGGAUGGCCAUGGUACAAAUCCAGAUUGCCGCAACGCUCCAGUGUUUGUAGCUCUGCGUGACGAAGACAACGGACCUUUUCGUUUUCGGCCAGCCGUUAUAUUGGAGCUUAUAUCAUGUUGUAAAACCUUCGAAGGAAUGUUCUACAUCACAACUGAUGCUUCCUAUGCCAAUACACCUUUACAGAAACCUCGUUUUGAGAUGGUUGGCGAUGGGCAAGUUGUUAAUCUGCUGCCACCCACUGGACCACCCUUAAUAAAGCGUUGCAGCGGCUUGCUAUACAACAAGCACUUUGUCCCUUUUGCCAAAGCCCAAGCCCUUCUUCGCGACCCUUCCGACAAAUUCCGGAUUAUCAGUCACCUUUAUACCAACGAUCUUCGAAAGAGAAUGGGUCUGCCAUUUCCAUCAGACUGUCGUCGGUUUCAUCUGCGCAUCGAACAAGAUGGCUGCAUGUUCAUUAUUAUCAGCUUCGCAAAUGACCCACAGACGAUGCAACGGACGACUGCAAAGUUGUUGGAAGUGUUGGAGACGCAUAUGACCAGCCGGGACAAACUGCCACCCAUCGCUUAUCGAAUUUUCCGGCCAAACGAAGGUGUCGCUUGUAAGGCAGGAAGCGAAACAGCAAAUCAUGCUCCAUGCGGCAUGCUGGGUAAGGCCCGAUGUCGAACUGAACGCAAUGACGCCGUCAGACUCCAUUCGUAACCUGCCGCCUUUGCUUCUGGAGAACGUGUUCCCACAUCUGGAUUUGCAUUCACAAAUGAGGAUGAAACGGUAGCGGUAUGAGCAAGAAAAAAGCAUGCGGUCGUCAUCAUUAAAAAUGACUUUAGUUGAACUUUGUUCACUGAGACGAAUUUUUUAAAUCGAUUAAUUGCAGAGAUAACCUUGACAGACGUGAAAACCUGCCCAUUUUAUAUAGGCUGUUUAUGAAGAUCCUUUGGAUUUUUCCCAUACCAGUCUUAACAAAUUCCGCUAGAAUGUUAAAAUUUAGUGUAGUAUUACUAAUCCUGGCACAGAUGAUUAGUAAUCACUUAACCAGUUUACG